AAAUGUGACGCUAGUAGCAGUGUUCGAAAUGAAGCUUGCGAUCGCCUCAAUUGUGAAUGAUGUGUCAACUUUUUGGAACUUUUAGUCACGCGAUGCUAGACUUGGCACCCAACAGCCACCGAACGAGCCGGGGAUAGCAACGAAAACGGCGCAAAAGGGUAGCUUAUUUUGGCGCUCUUUUCGCAUAGGAAUGAUAAUCGAAGUGUGUGGUUCGAUGUAGUUUGCGGCGGCGAGGGAAGAAUAAUUGGAUCGCUUCCCCGCCCGCCCGAGUGGGUUACGUCAAUGAGUGAUGCUAUCGACGAGUGGUGCGCGCGGAUGAUGCUGACGAGUGGUGUAACGCAUUUGCCAGAUUCGGGCUAUAAAACCCGCCCGGUACGUGGGCGAAGCGAACGAAUUGUGUGCGAGUCCUUGCUUGAAGAGGGUGGUGUGUGCCAAUUUCGUCGUCGAGAAGACCGACAACAACCAAAAAGGAUUAAUCUCCCACGAUGCAAGUGUCAUCCGUAACGACGCAAAUGGCUUCCGCGAAGCUGACAGCUCGCCCGUCGGCGGCAGAGCGGCCGACAGCAGCAGGCCAAAAUGGGCACGAGGCCGGAGUGAACGGUGCACCCGCCGGCGCGCCAACAGCCGCAACGACCGAGCCGGAAAUCGUCGAUCCGUUUUGCAAUGCGGACAAUCCGCAGAUAAUCACCUUCCAGGACGUAACGUCCGCGGCGUUCAAAAUCAGAAAAGGUGUCGAGCUGACGCCGUGCGUGAAAUCACACUUCUCCGACCUGAUCGACAUGGACAUCUACCUGAAGAAGGAAUUUCUGCAGUUUACUGGCAGCUUCAAGGAGCGGGGAGCGCGCUACGCGUUGCUAAUGCUGUCGGACGAGCAGAAAAAAACGGGCGUCAUCUCGGCCUCCCUCGGGAAUCAUGCGCAGGGUCUGUCCUAUCACGGCUGGAAGCUGGGCAUCCCGGUGACGGUCGUGAUGCCGCUGAAGGCUUCGCUGAUGAAAAUCCAGAAAUGCCGUAACUAUCACGCUAAUGUCGUCGUACAGGGAGCGGACAUGGGCGAGGCUAAAAGGAUUGCACUGAAAAUGGCACACGACCGGGGACUCACGUACAUUAACGGGUACGACCAUCCGCACAUCAUGUCCGGUCAGGGUACGAUCGGGCUGGAGAUCGUGGAGCAGGUCAGCGACAUCGACGCCGUCGUGGUGCCGGUCGGUGGCGGCGGACUGAUUGCCGGUGUUGCAACUGCCAUCAAAAAUCUCAGCCCAAAUACCAAAAUCAUCGGUGUCGAGUCGGAGAAGUGUCCCAGCUUCACGCGAGCGCUCGAGAACAAGAGUCCAGUGUUUGUCGCGAACCAGGAAACACUAGCGGACGGGUUGGCAGUGCCGCAGGUAGGGUACAACGCGUACGCCACGACCGUGCCGCUGCUGGACAAAAUGAUCGUCGUGAAGGAGGAGUGGAUUGCGCUGGCGAUUCUGCGACUGGUCGAGCUGGAAAAGUGUGUGGUGGAGGGAGCGGGUGCCGCCGGCCUGGCAGCCAUUUUGGCCGGCCAUCUGGAUGAAUUCAUUGGAAAACGAGUGGUGCUGCUAAUUUGCGGAGGCAAUAUCGAUACGACCAUGUUCGGCAAAUGUCUCGAGCGUGGCAUGGCUGCCGAGGGCCGUUUGCAGAGAUUCACCGUCACCGUCAGCGAUGGACCGGGCGGUGUAGCUAAGCUGUGCAAUCUGCUCGCCAGCCUGGGCGUUUCCAUCAAGGACAUAAUGCACGAACGUGCCUUCAUUCGUGAUAUUCACCAUGUAGAGGUGAAAGUGAUUUGUGAAACACGUGACUGGGAACAUUCAAAGGAAAUGCGCAGGGUGCUACAGGAAACGUAUAGCAAAGUUCACUUCUAUGACAUGCCAAUGGCGAUCACCGAAUAGAAAUGAAGCGGUCCACCGUUGUCAUCGUCCCGCAUUCCAUUCCAGACGAUAAGCUGCAAAUUUUCCCUCUCAACGAACGCGACUUCCGGUAGUAUCCUGGUAUCCUUCAUCACUUCCAUCGCGCUGCAUGUGAACCUUACACUUGUGUGUUUUUGCACACUGUUUCCGAUAGUUUCAAUAAAUUGACCCUGCCUUAUACCGGCAAAAUUGA